AUGAUUCCCUUAUACAUUCAAAAGCAAGAAGGAGAAUCGUUGAGUCUCCUCUGUCCACAAGGCACAGAUUGGAAAAUACCUCCUACUGAGUCUCCACAAAGAAGAACCACAAAGCAGACAACUGAGGGGUAUGUUUUGAACAUCUCAAACCUUCAAUCAGCAGAUACGGGUGCUUACAAGUGCGCCCGUCAAGAGAUUUACUUGUAUGUUAAAGGUCCAAAUCUGUUUUUAAAGAUUGAAAAGAGCGAAUUGUCUUUUUCAUUUGGGGAUGUAUACGAUCCAAACUUGGUUCCAUGUCGGACAACGUCUUUUAUUAAAUGGCAUAACAUGAAACUCUUUGUCAACGAUGUGCAAUGGGCUGCUUGGUGCAAUGAUGCAAAAACGGAUUUGGGAGAACCGAUCGGGUCCUUGCACGAGCCCUUGACGAAUAGAAACUGCAUUCCUCUAGAAUAUUCGUUAACAGAGGGCUUCAGCCUUGGGGGAAUGGAGGUCCGUUGGGGUCAGGUGAAUGGGAAGAAAUUCCGCUGUGAGUUCAAUGGGAAGAAGUCACAAGAGUUCACCGUACAGGCUUUUGAAUACUUCAGUUUGGGUGACAAGAAUGGGACAAAUUUCCCCUCGGUCCCAUGUACUUUGCCCACCAAACAGGAUUUGCUUUUCGAAAAGGCAAAUAAAAAGCUGAAAUUGAGUUGCUCAAACUGUAAUUCACCUGAAGAUACGCGAGUAAUCGAGGAACUCAUUCAACGGCUUCACCAACCAAACGAGCUGAGGAAUGCAGCUGAGAGGUGGCUGCUACAAGGAUACGGCUCCGACUUUUGCAACUGGAUCAAAAAGGUCGAAAGCAAAGGCGAUUCAGUUUCCCCAGUGAAGCCCGUUGAAAAUCCGUCAACCCCAACUUUGAAAACAAGCCAAAGACAGUGGACGGACAACUUGCUCAGCAUUGGGCUGCUGUUUUUGACGAUCGUUUUGCUUAUCCUGAUUGUCGUUGGAUAUGCCUUUUGGAAGAGGAAAAUACGCAGAAAACUUCUAAAAGAAGAGAGAAAUCGAACCACUAGUGAAGUUGGUAGCCUACUUAAAGAUAACACACAAACAACAUUUAUCGAAGAGGAGAUCAAACAGAAGCCAACGUUUGUUAGGCGUUUGAUUGACAGUGGAGGCUUUGGAGAAAUCUACGAGCUGAUUGGACACGAACCGCCAGCCAUUGUGAAAUGUAUGCACACGAGAAACUACAAUCCAGCCACAUUCCAGAAAGAAUUCGAGUGCCUCAAUAGACUCGAACACCCAAAUGUCGUCAAAUUGCUUCGCAUGGAAACGGGAAAUGAUGGAAAGCUCGAAAUCGUCAUGGAAUAUUGUCAACGAGGAAAUUUGGGUACACUUUUACAAAACCCAACAAUUAUUUACACGAUGAACACAGUGAUUUCAUGGGCAGAAAGCCUAUUUGCUGCUCUGGGAUACAUGUACAAAGAUGCGUACAUUUUUGUCACCAUGGACUUUCGGGUGAAGUUCGGGGAUUUCGGACUUGCAAAGAAGAUCGAAGAGACAUGUACGGGGACCGUCCAAGGAACACAACGAUAUAUGAGUCCCUCACAAGGAGAAAAAGACUCCCACCGGAACGACGUUUAUAGUUUGGGACUUGUCCUGUGGGAGAUCAUUGAGAGAAGGAUUGUAUUUCUUGAGUACGGCCCUAAAGGCGCCUUCAAUCGGGACGACUUCAUUCUGGCGGUUCACGACAAGACGCUUGAGAAGUUAUCCGUUCCAAAUUGCCAGCAAGGAUUACAGAUUAUUGUUGAAAGAUGUACUUCCUUCAAUCGCCAAUAUCGAUUGAAUGCUCGAGAGAUUCUCUUGAGUUUGAUCACUUUCAGUGAGGAACACCCCUUUAUUGCCGAUUUGAAAUUGAAACCCAUAAUCAAAGAAGAACAAGAAGAAAUCCUUCGACCGAUCGGGCUGCACAAAAUGUUUCCAGAGCCGAGCCAGAGCUUUCACUCGUUGAAUUGCUGGCUUUGCAAAGCUCCAUAUAAAUGGCCACUCCCUCGCGAUGAUGUGGUAAAUGACAAUCUUCAAUUUGAGCAACUUUCCAUUGAUGUUCAUGAGAUUUUUGGUCACAAUGAGUUUGCUGCAAGAGAAAUCUCUUUCCCGAGAAUCCUUUCCCCAAACCUCGAGUAUUGUUCAAUACAAUUCGGCGAUGUGACAGAGAUUCACCGAGCUCUGGAUGAUCUUCUAAACUAUGAUGGAUGGAUGAGAAAUUCAAGACGAAUCGAGUCCGAGCCGUCCGGGUCUCAUCGUGGAAUGAUCGUGGCUCUCCACUUCGUCGGCCACAUGAAACGAGACCGUGCAGUCGAUCCGUUCAGAACGGUGUUCGAAAGCCAUGAGAAGGACAUGGAAUGGAUCAAUGGAAGUGGUGUUUCGAGACCAUUUGAAGAGUUUCAAAUGAUAGAUCAGAGUGAUCAGCUCGACAAAGCUGGA